UCUGUCUGCACAUGUUUGGAUUCGUGAUGUUUUAACACAAGGACUGUGAAAAUUCCUCCCAAAUCGACUUCCUGGUCACAUUUCUGUUUGUGGAGCCCUCCACGAACAGAGCUUUUUUCUUUAAAUAAAAUCGCCAGCCCUCCUGCCUCGGUUCAGGGAGACGUUUCCAGGUGGGUUGUCCGACGCUGCUGGGAGCGAAGGCAGAGCCUGGCCGGUUGUCUCUUUAAAUCGGCUCUGCAGUGUGAUGGGCACGGGAAGAACCAUUCCCAGCCUGCGGCAGGGAGCCGGCCACAGCGCCGCCAUCCGCCUCCCCCAUCCCCAUGGUUACGGCUCCUGCUUCCCGCCGGUCCUCUUCCCUGGCUGUCGCCGGCGGAAGCAAGCGCAGAGGCGGCUGGCGUUCCUCACCCGAGUUCUGGAAGCUGCGUGCUGAGAAUCGCGCUGCAUGUCUGCCGUCCUGGCUCUGACUCACGUCCCCGGCUGCAGUCCUGCAAUCUGUUGAUAACUCUGCUGGCGAGCGGGGCACACGGGCCCCGGGAAUGGAGACCUGCUCCCCUGCAGGGCGAGCUCGCAGUGGCUCCCCGGCAACAGGCACCGUGCUGUUGCCCCUCCAGCUGUUUUUGCCAAAAUAGGUGGGUGCAGCCUCUCCACCCUCACCUGCCCCACCAGAGUCGCCCUGAGGCCCGUAGCCUGGGGCUUGACCCUGUGGCCGCUGUUUGGGACCUUGACCUUCUGGACGGCCAUGGAGGCUGGCGGGGAGAAAGGCGCGACAUAGCUGGCUAACGGGGACACCAUCUGCAUCCGGGCGCCCACCCUUCAGUAACUUCACGUGCUCAUGGAUUUGAAGAGUGUCCUCUCCCUGCCCCAGCACCCAGGGGAGUUCCUGCACCCCGUGGUGUACGCCUGCACGGCCGUCAUGCUGCUCUGCCUCCUCGCCUCCGUCAUCACCUACCUCAUGCACCAGAGCGCCAUCCGGAUCAGCCGCAAGGGCAGGCACACGCUCCUGAACUUCUGCCUGCACGCAGCCCUGACCUUCACCGUGUUCGCCGGGGGCAUCAACCGCACCAAGUACCCCAUCCUGUGCCAGGCGGUGGGCAUCGUGCUGCAUUACUGCACACUCUCCACCAUGCUGUGGAUCGCCGUGACCGCCAGGAACAUCUACAAGCAGGUGACCAAGAAGGUCCCACCCUGCCCGGGCCCAGACCAGCCACCGUACUCCCAGCAGCCCCUGCUCAGGUUCUACCUCGUCAGUGGAGGGGUUCCUUUCAUCAUCUGCGGAGUCACGGCUGCCACGAACAUCAGGAAUUACGGGACGGAGGGCGAGGACUCAGCAUACUGCUGGAUGGCCUGGGAGCCCAGCCUGGGCGCGUUCUACGGGCCGGCGGCCUUCAUCGCCCUGGUCACCUGCGUGUACUUCCUGGGCACCUACGUCCAGCUGCGGUGUCACCCGGAGCGCCGGUAUGAGCUCAGGGAGCGGACGGACGAGCAGCAUCGGUUGACGGGGCUGGAGGCCGGCCACAGCCCCAGGGCCCCCCGGCACUCGCUCAAGGCCCAGCUGCGGGCCACCGCCUUCACGCUCUUCCUGUUCACGGCCACGUGGACCUUCGGGGCCCUGGCCGUGUCACAGGACCACUUCCUGGACAUGGUCUUCAGCUGCCUGUACGGCGCCUUCUGCGUGACGCUGGGGCUCUUCGUGCUCAUCCACCACUGCGCCAAGCGGGACGACGUGUGGCACUGCUGGUGGUCGUGCUGCCCUUCCCGCCGGGACACCCAGGCCUCGAAGCUCAGUGCCCACCACACGCUCGACGCCAAUGGGGACGCACUGGGGCACGCCACCUGCCUGCAGGACUCGCCUUGUGUUGGCAAGCCACGGGGUUUUGGGCACCCGCCGGCCGGCCACUGCAAGAUGACCAACCUGCAGGCCUCCCAGAGCCACGUCAGCUGCCUGUCGCCGGCCACGCCCUGCUGUGCCAAAAUGCACUGUGAGCAGCUGAUGGAGGACAUGGCCCACGUCCACCUGCACGAGGAGGACGCGUUUGGGCACGACCUGCACCUGCACCGGUGCCUCCAGGGCAGAACUAAGCCUCGCUACUUCAGCCGGCACAGGGCGGCCGCGGCCGAGCAGGAGUACGCCUACCACAUCCCGUCCAGCCUGGACGGCAGCCCCCACAGCUCACGCACAGACAGCCCCGCCAGCUCUCUCGAGGGCCCGGCGGGGAUGCACACGCUGGCCUGCUGUGCCCAGGGCGACCCCUUCCCCUUGGUCAGCCAGCCCGAGAGUGGCAACAUCAGUCCCACACUCUACGGCUGCACCCCGCGGCCCGGCAGGGAGGUAGGCCGUGGCCCCGCCCACUUUGAGAUGCUCCAGAGGACACAGUCCCUGCCCUUUGGGGGCCCUGGCCAGAACGGGUUGCUCAAGGGCGACAUGUGCGAAGCCGUGCCUUACGGUGCCGACAGCACAGGCAACAUCCGAACGGGGCCCUGGAAGAAUGAGACGACUGUGUAGCCGCCGUGCCACCCACCCCGGGCGAGCGUCAGAGCAGAGAGGGACCCUCUCCCACGUGAGGUCGGCAGGGUCACCGAGUGACAGAGCCGCUCAGAAGCGACUGGCACCCCCGCUGACCUCUGGUUAUGAAGGACUCAAGUGGGAAGACGCUUUGGGCCACGUUGCCUCCCCGAACCUCGAGGUCAGACAAGUUGUCGUGCCCACAGUCACCCCUUGUGGACCUGAAGCGCCCGUCCCCGGGCAGCCCAGCCACGCAGCGGGCAGAGGAACCGGCCUCCGUGUGGGGGCCUGCCCGCCUGUGAUAGCUGCGGCAGGAGGCACACUGAUCUUUCUCGUGUUCAAUGUGUGUGUUAAGUCCUGUUCCAGGGGCGGGCAGCCUGCUGGCCAGCCCAGUGCGCUCUGAACCUGGGCCCCACGUCGGAGCCGACGCCCGUGCCAUCUCCACCUCAGCCCCACCCUGAAUGCAGCCCCAGCCCCGCAGGCUGAGGGCCUCACAGACGCGGGGCACCCAGCUGUGCUCUGGGAGCACGUGGCCUUCAGGGGGGUGGAGGGGGCCCCACGGCUCUGUAAAAGCCCAACUGUCCUUUAACAAAUAUUCCAUUUCCUAAGCCAGCCGCUGUCAGGACUAGAUCCCGCCCCAACAUGGGAAUUUGGGAAAAAUAAAGUUCCCUGCCCCGCAAAGAGAAGGAGCUGGCAUUUCCAUGAACAUCUGGGCACAAAGCCCUGACUCAGAGGACAGAAGUGCCCCAUCCCAUGGCUGGGGUCAGUGGGUCCUCACAGGGGCAGAAGCCUGGACGCCCAGAAGGAUGUGACGUGCGUGUGAGACCGUGCACAACCGCCCCUCCCUCCCUCCCCUUGGAACUGUGACAUGUGUACACACAAACACACACACAGUGUGUGUGCACCACACAUGUACAUGCCACGUGUGUGCAUCACAUGUUCACCCACCCAUGCACAGUACACUAUACCUGUGCGCACAUCACCACCAACAUGCACAUGGCACAUCGUGCACAGGCAGGGUAGUCAGGUGAUCAGUGCUCUGCUCGGCUGUCAUGGUGCGACUCGCCCGUGUGCUCUGAGGUCUAGGCGGGAGGAUGUCCCCCGGAGCAGCUCCUUCCUUUGCACCCACUGGGAGAGACGAGGAGUGUGUCAGGCGCCCCAGGCCCCACGCUCAGUAUCUGAGCACAAGGAGCCUCACUUCCCGGGAUUCCUGACAGAGAGGCUGUAGCUUACCACAGUGUCCGUACCUGCCACCAACCCCGUGCGUCUCACAGGCCCACCAGACAGGCAACCAGAUGACCUCUGGGCGGCUCCUGUCUCCAUCACUGUCUGCCUGUUCACCUGCUUCUGUUGCUGACAUGAACCGAGACCCGACGCUGUGCUGUGUACACACUGUAGAUGCAGAACCGUCAGGCAAAAUACAGUGUUUCACAUCGUUCGCCCUUCGUGAGGCUGGUUACUGGCAUCCAUGUGCGUCUCUGACCCUCGAGGAGGGCGGCCCACCGCCCUGCAAGGCCCUGUCUGUGCCCUGGUGCUUGGGGCAGGGCCGUUCUUCCCUGGCCCGCCCCCGUGGGUACCCAGCAUCCCUCCCACCUCAGCAGCCCUGGCAGAACAGAGAGCGCACCUCGUCAUCCAAACCAACGACGCUCAGCACUAAAUAAACCUCGAGGGCUUCAGUAUCUGCACGGCCUCCUGAGCCCAGUGGGGAGCCGUGUUGUGACAUGGCCCACUGGCGUGUGAUGUUUCCAGAGCACAGAAGGGCGCUCCGUGUGGAGUGAGCUUCCACAAGGGUGGGGAGCGGGAUAGAGCCCAGGCUGCCUGUGGCCUUACGUUUUGUGUCCCUUCCUUGCUCUGUACACAUGUGUCUGCCUGUAUGCACAUGACUGGGUGGU